CAUGAGAACUUUAAAAGCCCUUGCCCUGCACGAAUGUAUUCAGUUCAGCAUUGCUGCUUCUCACUCCACGGGACUCCGUCCGACCCACUGGUGGACCAUCGCAACCACAACAAAACUUCUCAUUCAGAUGUGUUGAUGGCCGACUCUACAGCAAGCAAUGAGAGUGCAACAUGGACAAAUACCUCCCACAACAACACUUGCCUAUUACCCUACACAGUUUAUCCAUCAUUUAUGCUUAUUGCAUACUCCACCAUUUGUAUAGCUGGAGCCAUUCUCAACUGCCUGGCUUUCACCGUAUACUUCUGUCAUAUUCCCAGCAGCAAUAGCGUCAUCGUUUAUUUGAAAAACCUGGUGGUGGCCGAUUUAUUGCUCGUUCUGUCUCUGCCGAUAAGGAUCAUAGAGCUGAACGUCACGUUCUCUGUCGCAUUCAGGAAAUUCUACUGUAGUUUCAUAGCUUCAAUCUUCUAUUUGAAUAUGUACUCGAGUAUUCUCUUCCUCGGGUACAUAGCUGGCAACAGAUACCUCAAGAUUGUGAAACCACUCAAUACGUACUCUAUCCAAAGACUCCGAUCUGCCAAAAUUCUCUCUGUAGGAACCUGGUGCACACUCUUUGCCCUUGGAAUGUCUUAUGUAUUCCUGAAGGGGGAAAAGGAGGUAAAGACCAAUUUGAAAACAGCUUGCCUGGAAUUUAGAGGUGGUUUUGGAGUAUACUGGCAUAUAACCCUUCACACUAGUGGUACAAUCUUGUUUCUCUUUGUGUUAAUAGCUCUCUGCUUCUUCUACUUUCAAACCCUGAAGCGACUGGAGAAGUCCCCGUCUUCGAGUUCAAGCAAGAAGCAAGUCAAGGCAAAAAACAACAUUCUAGUUCUGCUUGUCGUGUUCCUAAUUUGCUUUGUCCCCUAUCACAUAGUCAGGAUUCCUUACAUAUUGAGUCAGAUAAAUGUAAUCUCCAAUUGUUACUGGAGGAUGAUGCUGCUCAACUUCAAGGAGCCCACCAUUGUUCUGGCAACGCUUAAUUCGUGCUUGGAUCCGGUGAUCUACUUCUUAUCCUGCAAGGCAUUUAGGUCGAAGUUGGGGCUGGAUAAAAAUGAAAGUGACAGCGAUCCACCCGAAGACCGAUCUUCACGUGCAAACGUGUCGCAAACUGUGCUGGACUCCUCUGACCACAGCCACAUCAACAACGCAAAUGACUGCAGUAUUAACCUUGAAAAGCUGAACUAGGUUUCCAUCCCGUGUAGGAAGGAACUGCAGAUGCUAGCUUACAGCGAAGGUAGACACAAAAUGCUGGAGUAACUCAGCGAGUCAGGCAGCAUCCCAGGAGAAGAGGAAUAGGUAACGUUUCGGGUCGGGACCAUUCUUGUCUAAAAUCUAUAUUCCUUACUAAAUAUUUUCUUUGAUCAUUUCCACAUUAGCAAGUGUGGCCAGUGGGGAACACUGAGAUCCGGGGCACUAAUUUGUACUUUACGGACACUCAGAUUCCUCUGUGCAGCAACAUACUGUAGUCAUUCUCCAUCUCAAUAAAAUUCUGCUCCUGUUUUUCGUUUCAAAUGUAUAACCUCACAAUUCUGCACAUUAUACUUCAUCAGCCAAUUUUUUUCCUUUCCCUUCACUUGCCAUCUCUUUCCAUAACUCACAAUCUAAUUUUCCAUCUAACCAUAUAUCGUUGAAAAAUGUUGUAUCAUUUUGCCUCUUUCCUUCAUUGGCAGUAGUUAUGUUUCAUUGUGGGAUACAGCUGCCAUCACCUAUUGGUUUUGAGUUUGAUUGAUUGACUGAUUGAAAGAUACAGCAUGGAAACAGGCCCUACGGCCGACCGAGUCCAUGCCGACCAUCGAUCACCUGUUCACGUGAGUUCUACGUAAUCGCACUUUCGCAGCCAAUCUCUGCGCACAAAGGGCCAUUUACAGAAGCUAAUUAACCUACAAACCCGCACGUCUUUGAGAUGCGGAAGAAAACCGCAGCACCCGGAGGAAACCCACGCAAUCAC